AUGAUUUGGGAUGGAGGAUCAACACCGUCUUNAUACACCAAGAAGGGAAAGUUUAGGAUUGACUCCACACCCACCUUAAGGUUCCUCAACAAAGCUUGUGUUAAAACAGGAUUAACCAAUCCAUGGAUUUUGUGUUCAGUAACUCAAGUCGAGGAAACCAAGCAAAUGUUGCGAAUGAUACCAAUCUGGGUGGCCACAUUUGUUCCAAGCACAAUGGUUGCUCAAAUUAAUACCCUUUUUGUCAAGCAAGGGACCCUUCUCAACCGAAACAUCGGUAGCUUCAAAAUUCCUCCGGCCAGUUUAUCCGCGUUUGUAACGAUCUCCAUGCUCGUCUGCGUCGUGUUAUACGAUCGAGUCUUUGUCCCAAUCAUGAGGAAAUUGACCAAGAACCCUAGAGGCAUCACUCUCCUCCAAAGAAUGGGAGUUGGUAUUGUCCUCCACAUUACUAUCAUGACAGUUGCUUCAUUAAGUGAGAUGCAUAGGCUUAAUGUGGCCAAGGACCAUGGUCUAGUCAAAAAUGGAAAGCCGGUACCUCUAUCAAUUUUCAUUCUACUUCCUCAAUUUGUGCUUAUGGGCACUGCAGACGCAUUUCUAGAGGUUGCAAAGAUUGAGUUUUUCUAUGAUCAAGCACCCGAGAGCAUGAAGAGUCUCGGAACUUCUUAUGCCAUGACUAGUCUAGGAAUGGGGAGUUUUAUUAGCAGCUUCGUUCUUUCAACAGUUUCUCAUGUCACCAAGAGGCAUGGUCACCAUGGAUGGAUUUUGAACAACCUUAACGCUUCUCAUCUCGACUACUAUUACGCAUUUCUCGCGAUACUCAACUUCUUGAAUUUGAUUUUUUUCGUGGUAGUGACCAAGUUCUAUGUAUAUAAGGCCGAAGUGUCGGAUUCAAUGGCGGUACUUAGAGAAUCACUGGGAGGAACAACAAAUAGAAUAGCUGACCAAGAAGCAAGAAGAACCAAUGUUGAAAUGACAAGUUAA